AUGUUGGUACAAACUGUCGUUAUUAUUAUUAUUAUUAUUAUUAUUAUUAUUAUUAUUAUUAAUAUUGUUGUUGUUUGGGCACUGCUGGCAUGUCGAAUUGAUAACGCUCUUCAUGGAGUUUUCAAGCGUCAGCUGCAGUCCAACAGAAAUCUUAUCUUCGACAGCAGCUUUAAAGAUCCGAUCAUCUACGACGAGAUUACCAUAUCCGCUACUUCGAUUAGCGAUUUUGGAGAGUGCUACGAGAAAACCGGAUUGUCGUACGUGUUUGGAUUGAAACGAAUGGGACGACCAAUUUGUUACCGAUGUGUCACGCCUAUAUUGAAAUCGGAAAAUAUAUUACAGUUAGCUCACCAACAAGGUGAAUUUUGCUACGAAACAGUUGGUGAGGCGAAGUCGUCAUGCUUCGAUGCUGCACGCGUUGGCCACAACGACGGCACGACUUUGUUUGCAGGUGCCGACGCAGUGCCAGCGAGUUGCCACAUUGAUGGACGGUUUUCACUUCAAUAUGAUCUCUUGGGGGCCGACUUAACGUGCAAUGUGGAAUCAGGAAGUGAGGUUCACAACUGCGAACUCUCGACGAACAUAGCUGUGAGCUUCCGCAAUUGCUCAUUUCCAGAUUUUGAUAUGUCCCUUAAAUGCAUCGGCUCAUUCGUUGGCUCACUGGCUGAGAGGUAUAUCAUUGUGUUGAACGAAGAGAGCGAGGAGUACCGUUGUGGGGUAGUAGAUAUAUCUGUGUAUUUCUCAAAGGACUCUUCAUGUGCUCUUCUUACCGAGAACAGUGCAUUCGAGAAGUAUAAGCUAACACAAGUGAACUCUGAGCGCAUCGCUUCUCCGUGUCAGUUCCCAAAUUGGAUCCGCGGGCAAUACGAUUCACUUACCGUAACCGCCGACUGGCUACAGUAUGAUCAACUCGCUCAGGUGCCCGUGACCUCCAGAUGCGUGCAUAUUAACGAAAAUCGCGUCCUGGUGUACUCAGAGACGAAAUGUGGUGAGCCUCUUGGCUAUCACUGUUUGUGGUUUUCACCACGCAGUGAAAGUCUCAUCGAGUUCAAAACGACGAUACCUAGAGAAAGUGCAAAUCUGACUCUUUGCAGCACUGAUGGCGAAUUCUCACAAUGGUCGUGGACAGCUGCCGUCAUCAAUAACCCCAUCCCGUCGUCAUGUGGAAUUCUAGGUACAUACACUACUCCACCAGACCUUCGAACACUGGACUGUUUCAAUGUGAGCAUCGACUGCGAUGACAGUACGAAGAUGAAAAUUACUGCAUCGCAUUGCUCAACGGAUGUCAUUUUCGAUUCCCGUCAGUACCAAUGCAUAGCGUCAUGGAAAGAUGAGAACUCACUUUACAUCUACACAACGAGAGACCAGCAGAAACACUCCUGUUUCGUGGCACAAUACUCAUCCAAUCGACUAUAUUUGUCGUCUACUGGACCUCACUGCACUAGAGAUUUUAAUUUUUCAGAAAAUUCUGAGAAAACAAUAGUUCUUCAGGAAGAAACCGGUUGUCUUCAAAUGUCGAAAUCCUCUAAGAAGCCUGCGAACUCGACGUUGAGGUCGUCACCUGUAAUGCAAGUGGAUUCUGCCCUUGGAAGCGGCCCUGCUGGUCAGCUGCUUCCAGUUGGGAGAUCAUCGCUAGCAAAAAGUAGAGCGGAGUGGACGUCAGAGCAGAACGUUGCUUCGAAUAGGGUUAUUUUGAUAUCUUCUGUAGUUCUUGUAUGUCAUAUGUUCUUUUGA